CUCUUCUCCUCUUCCUCUCGGCCCGGUUUGGUGUGUCUUUCCUUCCGGCUUGUCAGAGAAAGUUGAGGGAGGUUCAGCGGUAACUGGACUUUUUCAUAAUGGACAGCCAGGGAAGGAAAGUAAUGGUCUGCGACAACGGAACCGGGUUUGUCAAGUGUGGCUAUGCCGGCUCCAACUUCCCAGAACACAUCUUCCCUGCGCUUGUUGGGAGACCCAUCAUUCGCUCCACGGCCAAAGUGGGCAACAUUGAGAUCAAGAAUGUCCAGAAGAUGGACUUGAUGGUGGGAGAUGAAGCCAGCGAGCUGCGCUCCAUGCUGGAGGUGAACUACCCCAUGGAGAACGGCAUCGUCAGGAACUGGGAUGACAUGAAGCACCUGUGGGACUACACCUUUGGGCCAGAGAAGCUCAACAUCAGCUCCCGCAACUGCAAGAUCCUGCUGACGGAGCCCCCCAUGAACCCCACCAAGAACCGGGAGAAAAUCAUUGAGGUGAUGUUUGAGACGUACCAGUUUGCAGGAGUCUACAUCGCUAUCCAGGCGGUGCUCACUCUGUACGCUCAAGGUCUUCUCACCGGUGUGGUUGUGGACUCGGGUGAUGGCGUGACGCACAUCUGUCCCGUGUACGAGGGCUUCAGCCUGCCGCAUCUCACCAGGCGCCUGGACAUCGCCGGCAGGGACAUCACCCGCUACCUCAUUAAGCUUCUGCUGUUGAGGGGCUACGCCUUCAACCACUCGGCAGACUUUGAGACGGUGCGCAUGAUGAAGGAGAAGCUGUGCUACGUGGGCUACAACAUCGAGCAGGAGCAGAAGCUGGCGCUGGAGACCACCGUACUCGUGGAGUCGUACACGCUGCCAGAUGGCCGCGUGAUCAAGGUGGGCGGCGAGCGUUUCGAAGCCCCCGAGGCGCUCUUCCAGCCCCACCUCAUCAACGUGGAGGGGGUGGGAGUGGCUGAGCUGCUCUUUAACACCAUCCAGGCCGCGGACAUCGACACCAGGGCCGAGUUCUACAAACACAUCGUGCUGUCUGGGGGGUCCACCAUGUACCCGGGCCUGCCCUCCCGACUGGAGCGGGAACUCAAGCAGCUGUACCUGGAGCGGGUGCUGAAGGGAGACGUGGACAAGCUCUCGAAAUUCAAGAUCCGGAUCGAGGACCCCCCCAGGCGGAAGCACAUGGUGUUCCUGGGUGGAGCUGUGCUCGCCGACAUCAUGAAAGACAAGGAUAACUUCUGGCUGACCCGGGAGGAGUACCAGGAGAAGGGAGUGCGUGUGCUGGAAAAACUUGGUGUCACCGUCAGAUAAAGCACUGGACAGACACGAUAACACACACACCUUCACCGCACACACACACAUAUCCCAAAGCAUAUAUCCAUUUGUCCCUCUUCUGUUUUGGCUCGAGAUUUUCUAAACAUCACAGGGAUCCAACAUCCUCCUCCUCUUCGCUUCCUCCUCUCUGCUUCGGGAUCUCCUUCUAAGCCCACAGUCAUUUCAUCUUUGCAGAUGGCAAAACCCAAACUCCGGCUGGCUGGUUUGGGGACGUUUGCCCGAGAAUUGCUUCGUUUUUUUUUUAGACAAACUUCAGAGGGGAACCAAGUCCUUGCAAAAUUCCAAACUCCUCACGGCCGCUGACUGCUGCAUCGUUUCCAAGGCGAUUGCACCUCACGUCUGUUUUUAUAUAUUUUGAUAUCGCAGCGCUGUUUUCUGGGAGUGGGAUGACUUUCUUUUGCUUCUUCUUUCCUUUGGAAAGCUGUUGCCGUGCACAGCUAAAAAAAAGAAAAAAACGGAAAAAAAACGAUUGAGAUCACUUUGUUUCAAUGAGAAUUGAAAGUGGGAAGCCCCUGGGCUCGGCAUCGGGCCUGUGACGGUACUGGGGAGGGGGGUAUUAAAACGGUGGUGGGACGUAAGCGGGAGUCAGUAUUUGCUCAGGCGGCCUCUGGAUGUAAAGCAGUUGAAGCAAUAUUUGUGCAGCGUUCUCUCUGAUCUGCAGAGGCAGUUUCGAUCCGGAAAACUCUGAAACUGUAUCUUUAAAAGGGUAAAAUGUUGUUGAGACCAUAUUUAAGUUCUCCAGAGCGACUCCCCGCGGUUAGCUUGAUGAUUACUGGAGGCACUUCUAUUUUGAAUAAAUGUGUAUAUUUUUUUUUCUCUCUGCUUUCCAUGAACGUCUAUCCAGUGCCAAGUGCAGUUAAUGUUAACUGGAUCUAUCAUGUUUUAAUGUUUUUCUUCUGUCACGGUUUGUUUUUAUUUUCCUGUGUUGUUCAUAGCAUAACUGCCUAACGCUGAUUUAAAUAAAGAAAAGUGAUUUAUAAGGUU